ACUAUGGCCCAGUGAAGAGAUACUCAACAGUGUGCAUUGCAUUGGCAUUACCAUUGCAGCUGGAAAAGACGCGCUUUGCCCCCUCCAGUUUAUAUGGGAAUCAUAAAAAUGCAUGUAGUUUUUGGUGAACUCAUUCAAUGUAUUAGGAACAAACAACUAGUUUGUUAGUUAGAGAGAGAGAGAGAGAAAGAACAAGAGAGAGAGAGAGAGAGGGAUCUUCAGAUUUAACUUUUCUGGGUUCAUUUGUUAGUUACAGUGUGACAACUUCCAUUCUAUGAGUUUCCUAGAUUCCUGACAGGGGUCUAAGGUUGUGGGUACUUGAUGUUAGGAAAAAAGUUGUGGCCUUUACUCUCACUUGGGAAUGUCUGAAUCUGCUUGGCACUGUCGUUGAAGUUGAAAGAAGGAAAAUGGGCUUUUAUAAGAGUGAGUAAAGUAAGUGUCUUUGGGAAUGUGAGGUUGAUUUGAAAAUGGGGUUGGUCUGAAUAGUUCACUAGAGCUUUCAGGAAGGAAAAGGAAGAGCCUUGUUUUUUGUUUGCCUUUUUUUUUCUUUGGAGAAAGUGAGAGGAAACAGGUCAAGGGGUUUUCUUUUCACCAUAAAAAAUAGCUGUGGCUUUUUUUUUUUUUUUUCUUUCUUCUGGAAGAGUCUUUGAUAGCUAUGGAAGAUUUUGGGGGCUUUGCCAAAGUUUUCUUUGUUAUCAAGUGAUCUUGGUUUGUUUCUUAUAUGGAGAGAUUGGUGAUUAGACCUUCCAUUUGGAUCCUAUUUCUUUGUUUUGUUGAAUCUUUGUAAAUUAGGACUCAGGAUUACUAAUUGUUAUUGUUUGUUGAUAAAUGAUACUGCUAUUAGGAUUCUAUUUAUAGGAUUCAGUAUUAUUAUCCCACUGAUUUAUAGGCUGAUUAAGUGCUGUAUAUGAGUUUGGUUUGUGUAACUUCCGAAGUAGAUCUUCAAUGAGACCAUGUCUUGAAUCCAUUGAAGAAGUUGGCCUUUGCUUUUUUAAGGCAUAGUCAUAUUUAAGGUUUGGUCUGUGAUUUGGGUAUUUCAAAAUGGAAGAGAAUGUACAAGAAACACGGUCGUUGGCCUUGACUCCUACAUGGUCUGUUGCUACUGUGUUGACUGUCUUUGUUGCUGUAUCUCUACUUGUGGAGCGCUCCAUUCACCGUUUAAGCAAUUGGCUACGUAAAACUAAUCGAAAACCAUUGCUUGCUGCUUUAGAGAAGAUGAAAGAAGAGUUGAUGUUACUCGGAUUUAUAUCACUCUUAUUAACAGCUACCUCACGCAUGAUAGCCAAUAUUUGCAUUCCUUCAAAGUUCUACAAUAGUGCUUUUGCCCCAUGCACUAGAUCUGAGAUUGAUGAACAGAUGGAAGAGAAUGGCUCUGAAGAGCGUAAAUUGUUGAUGGCUUCUGUUUAUCCACACUUAUUUAGGAGGGUGUUGAAUGGAAUAAAUAGAAGCUCCUGCAAAGAGGGUUAUGAACCAUUUGUUUCAUAUGAAGGUCUAGAGCAGUUGCACCGGUUCAUUUUUGUCAUGGCGGUAACGCAUAUAUCUUACAGUUGCCUAACAAUGUUGUUGGCCAUUGUGAAGAUUCACAGUUGGAGAGUGUGGGAAGAUGAGGCUCACAUGGAUCGGCAUAAUUCAUUAACUGAAAUUACAAAAGAGUUGACUAUGCGAAGGCAAUCGACCUUUGUCAAGUCUCAUGCAUCAAAUCCAUUGGUCAAAAAUGGUUCCCUCAUUUGGGUGACAUGCUUUUUCCGACAAUUUGGACGUUCUGUGGUUCGUGCUGAUUACCUUACGCUUCGCAAAGGCUUCAUCAUGAAUCACAACCUUUCAUUAAAAUAUGAUUUUCACAGCUACAUGGUUCGAUCUAUGGAAGAGGAAUUCCAAAGGAUAGUUGGUGUGAGUGGCCCACUCUGGGGAUUUGUUGUUGCCUUCAUGCUUUUUAACAUUAAAGGAUCUAAUCUUUAUUUCUGGAUAGCUAUCAUUCCUGUAUCUCUUGUGCUCUUGGUGGGAACAAAGCUACAGCAUGUUAUUGCAACCUUGGCAUUGGAGAAUGCUGGAAUUACAGGGUUCUUCUCAGAAGCAAAGUUGAGGCCUCGUGAUGAACUUUUCUGGUUUAACAAGCCUGAACUAUUGCUGUCCUUGAUCCAUUUCAUUCUCUUCCAGAAUGCAUUUGAGCUGGCUUCGUUCUUUUGGUUUUGGUGGCAGUUCGGAUAUAAUUCCUGCUUUAUUAGGAAUCACCUUCUCCUUUAUUUAAGGCUAAUCUUGGGGUUUGCAGGACAGUUUCUUUGCAGCUACAGCACCUUGCCACUCUAUGCACUUGUUACACAGAUGGGAACAAACUAUAAGGCAGCACUAAUCCCUCAGAGGAUAAGAGAAACAAUUCAUGGAUGGGGUAAGGCAGCUAGGAGGAAGAGGAGACAUGGUAUGUUCACUGAUGACUCCACCAUUCAUACAGACACAAGCACUGUGUUGUCUAUCGAAGAAGAUGAUCAAUUAAUUGAUACCCCUGGAGACCCUGUCACUGGCCCUGAAGUAGAAUUGCAACCAGUAACAACUGUUACAUCUUCCCCUUCUCCCAUUGCUAAUGAAACUUCAAGUAGGGCUGUUACACCCCUCCUAAGACCCUCUGCCUCAAUAUCUUCAGUGCAAUGCAGUUCCAAAACGGAAGCAAUUCCCAGAUGCUCCUCUAUGCCAAGUGGAAGAUAAAUUAUCAGCUAUGGAGGAAAAAUGAAACAUGUUAGUCUGUCUGGAUAAAUUUUUCAUAAACACUUAUAGAAGAAUAAAAUAAAAAGAAAAGUAAAUGAAUUAACUUUUUUAUAAGUUAAAAUUAGCUUAUGCAUAAAUUAAAAAUAAGUUUUUUAAAAAAUUAAUAUGAAAAAAUUUCUACGAAUCAGCUUAUGGAGAAGUUUCAUAUUUUUUUUUCUUUAUAUAUUCUUCUUCUAUAAGUAUUAAUAGAAAAAUUUAUUGAAACAGGUUCUAAAUGGUACAUUGAUAAAGAUGACUUUUAUAUGAUUAUCAAAGAUGUAUACAAUGACUACUUUUAGUUCCCUUAGAAGAAAGAUGUACAAGGUAAUAUUGCUUUUGAACAUUACUAAUUUAUGUGGGACAACUAUAGAAUGGGGUGACUUUUGUAUCUCUUGAUGUCAAGCAGUAACAGUGGAGUAUGGAUCAAGUAUAUUGUAAUUUUCUCUUUUGGAUUUGAAACAGUGUAAAUUAAAAUUGAUUAUACAAUACAUCAAAGAAAUUGGAUGUGAACGCUUGCAGAACUCCAACGUUAUGG